CACGUGCAUUUGUGGACUACAAAGCCCAUAAGACAUCUGAACAGGAAGUUUGGUCAACUGACCUUGGUUCCACACGACGUAGGUGAUCGCAAGAGGAGACAGCAUGGCGAAUAAAGAACCUAGUCGGUUCCUGCAGCAGCUGAGGGACUUGGCCGGUAGGAUGUCUACCGGCUCGAGGGGACCUGGCAUUGGGCUCAAGCUGCUUAUAGGAGCUGGCGCCCUUGCCUAUGGGGUCAAAGAGGCCAUGUACACAGUUGAAGGAGGGCAGCGAGCCAUCAUCUUCAACAGGAUCGGCGGGAUGCAGAUGGACACCGUGCUUAGUGAAGGACUUCAUUUUAGGAUACCUUGGUUCCAGUAUCCUAUUAUUUACGACAUUAGGGCAAGACCUAGGAAGAUUUCCUCACUGACCGGAAGCAAAGAUCUGCAGAUGGUGAACAUCGCCCUGCGUGUGCUGUCGCGGCCCGUAGCCUCCAACCUGCCGGUGAUGUACCAGCAGCUCGGCAUUGACUACGACGAGCGCGUGCUGCCCUCCAUCGUCAAUGAGGUGCUGAAGAGUGUGGUGGCAAAGUUCAACGCCUCGCAGCUCAUAACACAGCGGGCUCAGGUGUCCCUGCUGAUUCGCCGGGAGCUGUUCGAGAGGGCCAAGGACUUCAACAUCAUCCUGGAUGACGUGGCCAUCACGGAGCUGAGCUUCAGCCGGGAGUACACAGCCGCUGUGGAAGCCAAGCAAGUCGCCCAGCAAGAGGCCCAGAGGGCCCAGUUUUAUGUGGAGAAGGCCAAGCAGGACCAGAGGCAGAAGAUCAUCCAGGCUGAAGGAGAGGCUCAGGCUGCCAAAAUGCUGGGCGAAGCCGUGUCGAAGAAUCCCGGAUACCUGAAGCUCCGACGAAUCCGCGCGGCCCAGAACAUCGCCAAGACGGUGGCCGCAUCGCAGAACAGAGUAUACCUAAGUGCGGACAACCUGGUCCUCAAUCUCCAGGAUGACUCCUUUAACAAUUUAUCACUGGGAGUGCAAAGAAGUAACCUGCUCUGAAAGAGAUCGCAUUCCACACUGUACCGUCCCCAACGACCCGGCAGAACGCAUCGAGCACGUCUUUGUUUUGUAUUGGCAUCUGUUCCAGUUUGGAAGCUGGCUUUGCAGAAGUUCUUGGAAUACUGGAGCCUGAAAUCUCAAACACAUUUUGAUGGCUCAGAUAAAUGACUUCUGUACUCGUUUUCGGUGUGACAUUCAGAGAGCAACUCAAUCUUAGAAACUGGCAACUGUUUAGGGUUUAGAUUGACAUGUUUGGGCUGUAGUGUGUUCAUCAUCACUGUCAUCUUCUCCUGACACUAAAACCUUAUAAAUUCUGACUUUCUGAGCUCUGGAAUGUGUACAAAGUUUUUCUUCAUUAUGCCAGUGGAUAACCAUGCAGUUUGGUAGACUUAAAUGUGCUGCACUUAAUUUAAAAUACGUACAAAAUUUUUAAUUGGUUUUUGAGAGAGGGAAAAAAAAACAUCGGGUGGUUUGUUUUGGGUGGUGCCAUCCUGUGAUUGUCAGGAUAGAUGUAAUCAAAACACGUGACUUCAGCAGUCCAGAUCAGCAAUGCAUGACACACUCUGGGUUACGUGGGGCCAAAGGGCUGAUGAUUUCUUGGUCGUUUUCACCCCAGCAGGUGCUAUUUGAUCAAACUUACUGAAGUAAAACCGCCCAAACUGUCGCACUUGCUGAAGGGAGGUAAAUAACCAGACAGAUUACUACUAUACCAGCUUUCAUUCAAAAUGGUGGAAUGGCGUCAAAUGAGAGUGGAAAAAAUAAACGUAUAGAAUUUCAA